AUGAAGCUGAAGAUCAAUUGGAUCAGCAUUUGGGGCAUAUUAUCUUUACUCAUAUUAUUCGUUAUCAUCACCCUUCGAUUAGAAGAAGAUGGCCUCAAACCGGAGGAACGAGCAGUCAUUUUACAACUGAAAGAGGUCCAUGAGUAUCCAAGAUUGGAGCUUUUUACGUCUGGAUCUGACGAUGGUGAUUCUAAAUCUAAUUCGUUUCCGGAAAACACACUCGGAUUACUAGAAGAAGUGCUCGAGUUCCAACGGCAUCGUUUGCGUGAAGAGUUGUUAGAAUUCCCCAAUCCGGUUGAUAAGAACAAUGACAAGGGGGUGUUCCGAAGCUCUAAUCUUAGUCUCAAAAAUGGAGGUCAACCCGUGAGAAGUCUGAUAGUUUCAACUUGGCGUUCUGGAUCGACAUUCCUAGGUCAGAUUUUGAAUUCGAUACCGGGAAGUUUUCAUCACGAGGAACCGUUGAUCCUGUAUGAUACCAAUCAGAUACGUGGGCCACACGUUAAAAUUGCCAUCAAUUAUAUCAAGCAACUGUUCAACUGCAACUACACUGGAUUGGAGUACAUUCUAGAUUCUAGCCACGCUACAAACUAUUAUAGCUUUAGACUAAAUAAGCGUCUAUGGCCUUAUUGUAAGCUUUAUUUGAACUUCUGUUUGGAUCCCAAGCUGAUGGAGCCUUUCUGCAAACUGUUUCCCGUACAAAACAUGAAAGUCUUAAGACUACGAGCAUCGCUUCUAACACCUCUUCUUGAAGAUACCAGGUAA